AUGUUUAGUACAGUUUGGCCCGAAUUGGCGAGGACCUUCAACAACUAUCGGCCAGAUUGGUCUUCGGCUGGAAGCGAUAGUGCUGUGGGUGCGGUCUUCGGGGCUGGACGUCUCGUGAUAUAGACUGACCCAGAAGCGCAUGUUCGACCUUCAGGGAUACUUGACUGGAGUACUGAAUCUGUUCCAGCGCAAUCCCACUGUCCCGACGACUGCUGAGUCGGCGAGUUUCUCCAUGGAGUUCGAGCAAGGAGCGGACGCUACGUCGAGCUACUGGAAGCUCAUAUUCAUGUUCCGACGUUGCGGACUGGGGGGCGAAUUGCUGGAAACAAAAUUGGUGGACCUCGACAACGAACAAUCCAAAAUGAUUCAAGCCGCGGUUUCAGUGAUCGGAGCAAAACACAAGAUCGCCGUCAUGCAAGGGGAAGCCAGGACUGCGAGGAGGGAACGAGCCUCAGACUCGGCGGAAGCGCCACUAGCUCGCGAUGGCACCAACGCGGUCCUCAGAAGCUUUCAAGGUAGGUAUCUAUUUUUCCCUUGGUGUUGAAGAUGGGGAGCGAGCUGACCUCAUAUUCCGUUCUGGCAUGCAGUCCUUCGGUCAAGCCCGCAUCCGUUCGAUGUCUGUUUCAAGUUCAAAGACGACGAUACCGAAGUAUGGGAAUCCUCCAGUUUCCUUGCAGCCAAGUCCAAAUACUUCAAGACCCUUUUUGAUUCCGAGCUGGCCGAGAAAGUAUUGAAGACGGUAGGCGACGACCAGUUGUGCCAACAAGCGAGGCAUCUCGUCGAAGUCACCGAAUAUUCGUCGAGCGUGUAUCAAGCUGUCUUCACUUGGCUUCGAACGGGUCUCGUCAAGUUUGCGCCUCUCGGUGACACCCAGAAGGGAACUGAACCCGACUCACAGGUAAUUGGAGAGAUCGAAUGCGACGUGACCGCUCUGUCGGUCUAUAGGCUAGGUCACCACCUGCAACUCUUGGAACUUGUGGAGCUCACAUUGGCCUGGGUGGACGACAAUCUAUCGCCGGACAAUGUCAUCUUUGAGCUCUCGAGGGAUUGGACUGGCCUGCCGACGGAGAUGAAGGAGAAGAUUUUGGCGUUCGCAGUUGCAAAUUGGGACGAUGUCAGGAGAUCGAAACACACGACCUCGGUGUUGAAGACGAUUAUUGGACAAGGACACCCAAGUGUUGCCCUCAUCGAGCUCCUGCUCCUGGCUUUGAAGGUCGAGUACCAGGAAGUCGGAUUGAAGUGGUGA